GUGCCGCAGCGGCAGUGACGUCAGACUGGCGCAGGACGAAGAGUCGCGUCGUGCUGCUGUCAGGCAGUCUUUUUGUGGUGGGUUUCCCGGGUCGCUGCGCAGCGGCGGGCACACUUCCCUAGCGGGUCUAGGGCCGCCGAGCGCCGUCUUCAUCCAGCGCCAUGGCUGUGGCCGCUGUCGGCCGCCCGAGAGCCGUGCGCUGCCCGCUGUUGCUCCUGCUGUCAUUCCUGCUGGUAGCCGGCCCUGCGCUGUGCUGGAACGACCCUGACAGAAUCCUGUUGCGGGAUGUGAAAGCUCUCACACUCUACUCCGACCGCUACACCACCUCCCGGAGGCUGGACCCUAUUCCACAGUUGAAGUGUGUUGGAGGCACAGCCGGCUGUGAUGCCUAUACCCCCAGAGUGAUCCAGUGCCAGAACAAAGGCUGGGAUGGUUACGAUGUACAGUGGGAGUGUAAGACCGACUUGGAUAUUGCAUACAAAUUUGGCAAAACUGUGGUGAGCUGUGAGGGCUACGAGUCCUCUGAAGACCAGUAUAUACUCAGGGGCUCUUGUGGCUUGGAGUACAACUUAGAUUACACAGAACUGGGCCUGAAGAAACUGAAGGAGUCUUCAAAACACCAGGGCUUCUCUGAUUAUUAUCACAAGGUGUACUCCUCGGAUUCCUGUGGCUUGAUUACCAUUGCAGUACUAUUUGUUCUUGCCUUUGUGGUUUACAAGCUGUUCCUCAGCGAUGGCCAGGGUUCGCCUCCACCAUAUUCUGAACACCCGACACACUCUCCGAGCUUUACCAGCGCUGCAGGAGCGCCUCCCCCAGGCUUUAAGUCUGAGUUCACAGGACCACAGAAUCCUGGCCAUGGUGCAAGCUCUGGCUUCGGGAGUGCUUUUGGUGGCCAAGGCUAUAACAGUUCAGGGCCGGGGUUCUGGUCUGGCCUGGGCGCUGGAGGAUUGCUUGGAUAUUUGUUUGGCAGCAACAGGGCGGCGACCCCUUUCUCAGACUCGUGGUACCACGCAGCCUACCCUCCUUCCUACUCUGGCACCUGGAACAGUCGGGUCUACUCCCCACUGGGUGGAGGCGCAGGGAGCUAUUCUGCAUCCUCCAAUACAGACACGAGAACCAGAACAGCGUCAGGAUUUGGUGGCACCAGAAGACGGUAAAAUAUAAAGUUGGCGGCAAACACUGGAUGCAAAGUUUCUGAUUUGUCAUCACCAUCUCUUAACACCUGGAUAAUGGGAAUAUCCAAAAGUUGUGUGGUGUUUGGUCCUUGUAUAGCUUUUCGUGUCCCAUUGAUAUGUGACAAAAUUCUUAUAUUUUGUAGGUUAAUGUAACAUGCAGUUCAAAGUGAUGGCUACUGUGAAAUGCUGAAAUUGUCAUGCUUGUUUCUAAAGCCUUUCAUACCAGAGGGAGCAUUAAGAAUGGAGCACCCUCCUCCUGAGACUGCUCCUGAGCACAGACUGCUUGAGCCUAGGUGAUUUUGGAUGGCGAACCAUUCCCUCGUAGAAACAACAAUCCUCUAUUAGAUAUUAAAACAUUUGGUGUUUGCUGUUCUGCAAACAUUUAAGCCCAGCACUGAGUACUAAUUAUGCUGAUUUGUGGGUUCCAGUUGCUUGAUCUUUAGAGCUUGGAGCCCUCCGCCUGUGGUGGUCGCAUUUGGGGAGUGAUCUGACCUUUCUCAGGAAGGGGUAGAAAGUAAAUGACAGAAGGCUUGAGACCACAGACUUCAGUUUCAGGUGGUAACAUCCAGAUGCUUGUCUUUCAGUAGCAAAAGCAUGGAGUUCUCUGUGGAGUUUUAAAUUGUCAGAUGAUGUUGUGAUGUUUUGUUUCAGCCUUACAUUAAUAUGACAAUAACUUAAAAAACA